GCUUUAUGAGCACUGAAAAAAUGUUUUACUUUGAAUGGAUGAAAUGAUGCUGUAUCACUUGAUGGGACCUUUAUUUCAAAUUCGAGUUCAUUUGCUCCUGCUGCCCCUUUCCUGAAAGUCUCAAUACUAAAAGUCUGAGAAACCCUGUAUUUGGGGAAGUUUAUCCUUUACCAGUAAGUUUGAUGGGAGGGGGCGAAGAGAACGUGACUGGAAACGCCGCUGGGAAUGGGACUUAGCUCUGCCGUCCCUAAUAAGCCUGUACACCUGGUACCGCCGUGGUCCUCCCACGGAGGAGGCUUAGUAGCUGACUUGGGCGUGUCCCAGGGGAGGGAGGUUCUAGCCGCCGCCCUCUCGAUGGUAGGGCUGGCCGCAGCCUAGUCUCUAGGCGCCGCCAUGUUGGAGGCUCAGAACCCAAGUGGGGGCUGCGAGCGCCGGAGCCCGCGCGCUAGCGAGGUCGACUCCACCGUGCAGAUGCUGCAAGUUAUUCCGAGGCUGUACCUGGGUGGGGCGGCGGCCGUCGCGAAGCCAGACCAGCUGAGGGCGGCGGGCAUCUCAGCGGUGCUGACGGUGGACUCGGAGGAGCCCAGCCCCAAGUUGGGGGCUGAGAUCGAGGAUCUAUGGAGCCUCUUUGUGCCAGCGCUGGACAAACCCGAGACCGACCUGCUCAGCCAUCUGGACCGCUGCGUGUCCUUCAUCACACAGGCCCGCGACAACGACCGUGCGGUGUUGGUGCACUGUCAUUCAGCGAUUAGUCGAAGUGUUGCUGUCUGUGACUGUUUUUUGAUGAAGACUGACCUCAGUACCUUUGAAGAAGCUAUGAAUAUCUCAAAGACUAUCAAACCAGAGGCUAAGAUGAAUGAGGGGUGAUGGCAACUGAAAUUAUACCAGGCAAUGGAUACUGAAGUGGAUACCUCUAGUGCAAUUUAUAAGCAAUAUCGUUUACAAAAGGUUACUGAGAAGUAUCCAGAAUUGCAGAAUUUACCACAAGAACUUUUUGCUGUUGACCCAACCACCAUUUCACAAGGAUUGACAGAUCAGGUUCUCUACAGAUGUAGAAAGUGCAGGCGAUCCUUGUUUCGAAGAUCUAGUGUUUUGGAUCAUAAAGUAGGAAAUUGGAUUUAUGACUUUGUCCACAAGAAAAGGAAGCGGAAUUCGGUGUAUGAAUUUUCAUGUACCUCUUAUUUCAUUGAGCCUGUACAAUGGAUGGAAUCCACUUUGUUGGGAGUGAUGGAUGGACAGCUUCUUUGUCCAAAAUGCAGUGCCAAGUUGGGCUCCUUCAACUGGCAUGGUGAAAAGUGCUCUUGUGGUAGAUGGAUAACGCCUGCUUUUCAAAUACAUAAGAGUAAAGUGGAUGAAAUGAAAAUGCUGCCAGCUUUGGGGUCACAAUCAGGAACAAUAUGAACUUGUGAUAUUUGAUAGCCUGGGAAGAAACUUGCUGAUAUGUGCUACCCUUGCUUAUUCAUUCAUGGCAGUUUUUAGGCCAUCAACAUUUCAUAUGAAAAGUGAGAAGAUAAAAUCAUCUGAUGUAACAUGGAUACUGCUUUCUUAGCUUAUUAUAUGAUAUAAGUAGAAUACUUUACAUGGCAAACAAAGCCUUUUAAUCAUGUUCAUUUUAUUGGAUAUUAAAAUCUGUUAUAAACCUGA